CGAAUCGGUUCUUUGGAAUAGUUCGUAUCAAUUGUCGGUACACUUCAAAUGAAUUGUUCAGACCAGUUCAGACCAUAGACAGUAAAAGACCGAUUUUGUGAAUCAUUUCAACUGGAUCACUGAAGAGAUUCGACUCAAAAGAACCAUUCGUUCACGUUAGUUUACCAACGAAUCAUUCUGUCAUACAGUAGCGGGUGAGAAAUUAAUCUGAAACCGAAAUGAAGGACCGUCUGGGCGAUUUAACAGCCCUCUGCCAUGACAUCAUCAUCGCUCCUGUGGAGUCCAGUGCUUUCUUAGAGGAAUUCCUCCCUAAGGUUAAUGAAGUUCAGCAAGUCUUAGAGAGAAUUUCCUUCUGUGUGGAAGAAGUGAAGCUGAGACAUAGUACCAUUUUGACAGAAAUCAACCCACCGAAUUAUGUGAGAGAGGAACUUGAGCAGUUUAGCAGUGACAUCAAGCACACAGCCGAUGUAAUCAAGGUUAAACUAAAAGAUUUAGAAGGAAAAUUCUCAGAGUAUGAGAAUGCUAACAGCAGCUCUGUGUACCGUCGCAUCCGGAGUACUCAGCACUCAGUUCUUUCACUGAGGUUUGCAGAAAUAAUGAACAUAUACAAUCAAGAACUGCUAUCUUUCCGGACAAAGAGUAAAGAUCAGAUACAAAGACAGCUGGAAAUCAGUGAGUAAAAUAACACAGUUAUUAACACACCAGAACAAAAUGUCUUUGGUCACCACUGCCCAUUGUUAUAUUAAGUGACGUGACGUGACAUACAGCCAAGUAGGGUGACCCAUACUCAGAAUUUGUGCUCUGCAUUUAACCCAUCCAAAGUGCACACACACAGCAGUGAACACACACACAUCGUGAACACAAACCCG